UCGCUGCUUCUUCCGUGACCCACUCGCGCUCCUCCUCCCUCGCGAUCUCCCGAUCCCACUACUCCCUGUUCUGUGGCUCUAAAUUCCCAAUUCCAACCCUAAUUUUCCUCCUCGGGAUCGGCGGGGAGAUUCGGAGAUCGAGCUCCGAAGACAGAGGAGGAGGACACGGCGGGCGCCGGGAAGAUGACGCGGCGCUGCUCCCACUGCAGCCACAAUGGCCACAACUCCCGGACGUGCCCUAACCGUGGCGUCAAGCUCUUCGGGGUGCGGCUCACCGAUGGAUCCGUCCGGAAGAGCGCCAGCAUGGGGAACCUCUCCCUCCUUGCCGGAUCCAGCGGCGGCGCGUCGCCCGAGCCCGGAGGCGGCGCCGCGGCGGACGGAUACGCGUCGGAGGAUUUCGUCAAGGGGUCGUCUUCCAGCUGCCGCGAGCGAAAGAAGGGUACUCCAUGGACUGAAGAGGAGCAUAGAAUGUUUUUACUUGGUUUGCAGAAGCUUGGCAAAGGUGAUUGGCGUGGCAUAUCACGUAACUAUGUGGUAUCAAGGACACCGACUCAAGUAGCCAGCCAUGCGCAGAAGUAUUUUAUUCGUAAAGCCAAUAUGACAAGAAGAAAGAGAAGAUCAAGCCUCUUUGAUAUGGUUCCUGAUGAGUCCCUUGAAUUUGAGCAGUUUCCAGUGAAUUUCAAAGACUCAGAAACACAAAUUAAGAAUCUACCUUUGAUACCUCCAACUCUGAAUGAGGAAUGUGAAUCCAUGGACUCUAAUGACUCGAUGACCGGAGAAGCAGGUGCCCCACAGCCAGAAGCUCCACAGUGCAGUUAUCCUGUGAUACUUCCAGCUUAUUAUUCACCAUUUCUACAAUUUUCAUACCCUUAUUGGUCGGGAUACAAAGCAGAUGCUUCAGAGCAGCAGACACAUGAAAUUAUUAAGCCAACAGCAGUACAUUCAAAGAACCCCAUAAAUGUUGAUGAGCUUGUGGGUAUGUCCAAACUGAGUAUAGGAGAGUCUGGUGGAGAAACCACAUCUUCACUGGACUUACUUGGAGGGUCGAGGAGGCAAUCUGCUUUUCAUGCUAAUCCAUCCACAAAGGCUCAGGCAUGAUCCAACUAUCCAGAUGGUCAGCAAGUCAAGGUGCUCUGCUGUUGCGAGUGCUAUCAUGGGCUCCAGAAGGCCUUGAUCUUCGAGUCAGCAAACAUUUGGAUCCAUGUGUGUCUAGUCGUCUGCUACUGAUAACCAUAUCAGCCACUCGAUAGCUCUUAGGGUUAAUAAUGUACAGCUUCAAGUGCUUAAAGUAGAUAUUCAAAGGGAGGUCAAUGCAAGGCACUCAACAAACUUGGAAGAUCAAGUUAUAUGUACAAUAUUCUUUAACAAUAUGCUAGCAUAUCAGAUGCAUCGUUGAGCGGUUGUCAUCAUUGUCAAAUAUCAAUAUUCAGCUGAGCGGAAUCUCGUAUUAUGUGCUGAACACAGUCGUUAGCAGUAUCAAAAUGCAGGUUUUUUUUACUCA